AUGGCCGAGGAUGCUUCCGUGAAUUCGCCCGAGGAAUCCAAGCGCCCUCUCGGGGAUUCCGACUCGAUUGAUAACCUAGAUGAGAGUCCAACUCCUAAAAAGCUCAAACUUACUCCAGCUACCUCAAACAUAUCUUGUUCGAUCCCUUCUCUUUCAAUGUCAGAUAUAUCGUCGACCAUCCCGGACAACUUAAGAAGUCAAGCCAGUCUACUUUUAAAAUGUCACCUGUUUCCAACUGGUAUACCUGAUGUGUGGCCCUCUAUUCUCAUAAAUGGCCCGCCUUUCUGUGGAAAAACCACUUUGGUGAAAGCCAUAGCAGGGGUUUGUCAUUCGGUGGUUUAUCUUCUAUUUCAGACCUUACAUGUGAACUUUAUCUCUGUAUCUGUCGGAAUGCUGACACCCACUAUGAGAACCUGGAAAGAAAUAUUUAAUCAGGCGAAGGCUAACUCGCCGUGUCUUCUUCAUAUCGAUGACAUUGAAAGCAUGGAGAAACAGUCCGCCCCUUCCGGAACCUUUCGGCUGACUUGCUUAUUCAAAAGUCAACUACUCCCCGAUUGUAUUGGAUCGGGGGUUGUCGUUGUUGGUGAAACCCGCAACCUCCUUGCAAGUCUUGCUCAACCUGUUACGGAUCUUUUCACACACCGGCUCACCUUCGGUAUGAUGGAAGAAAAAUGUCGUCUCAGUUCAAAACAGGAUGUUUCCCUCACAUUGGAUGAAGGGCUCACCUUAGCUGAAAUUGCUCAUCGUACUCCUGGGUAUGAAGCUGGUGAUCUCGUCCGCCUUAUUCUCCAGUUGCGCAUAGCACUCCUGUCUGCAGCAGAUAAUAAGGACGCCGACAAUUCCGAGGAAAAAUUGAAUACCUUGGUAACGCGCGAUGUGUUGGAAUCUGCCCUCAGUCAAGUCGUUCCAGCUGCAAAGAACACGUCAGAGUUUGUCACUAUCCCUGAGGUGACCUGGUCGGACGUGGGCGGUUUGGAGGAAACGAAAACACAUCUCUAUAACCGGUUUAUGCUUCUUGUGGACGACUGGGAACGCGCUCAAACUCUUCGUCGUCGUUCUGGUGGUGUUCUUCUUGAGGGACCGCCGGGUUGUGGCAAAACAUUGAUCGCCAAAGCCUUAUCAAACACUGCUGGCCUUAACUUCCUCUCC